AUGGCAAUGGUUGCCAUUGCUGCCUGCCCACGCGCGCCCUUUCUUCUUCUUUUUUCCAUCAAAGUUGGGCCGUUUAGCUUCGCAACAAAGGCUAUGACCAAGGGAAAUGGGGAAGCGUAUGUGCUUCAUUACGGCUCGGGCCUUGCUUGGUGCGGAAGAGUUGUUCCAUCUGGCGUAGUUUGGGACGCACGGGCCUUUCUUUUUUUCCUCAUUGGGCUGCACCAUGGCUUCCCUGUUGUGGCUCCAAGGCUUGGGCUUCCACUCAGACUGCUCCAUGGCUUGCCUUGCGACUCGGGCCACAAGGCCAAUUCUUCUUCUCUUUUUCUUUUUGUGUUGCUAGUUCUUUUUUUCUUUUCAAUUGCAAACCUGACAUGUGGUUCCAAAGUGCAUAAGAAAAGAUUCGUGGCUAAUCUACACCACGUUACGUUUGAAGCUCACUUCCAGAAAUGGCGUGCCACAUAUGCUUCUGUCAUACCUGAUGACAUGCACGUCAAGCUGGUGGAGUAUUUGACCGACGAUCCGCCUUGUAUAGAUACGAAUGAUCCAAAUGCUAGAAUUAUAACAUUCUGUCUCUUCUAUUUCUCAGUGGGCUUCACGUUCCGGUUGUCGAAAUUCUUCAAGAAGGUGCUCUGCUCCAUGGAGUGUGCCCCAAGUCAAUGUAAUCUGAACGUCUACCAAGCAAUCAUGUGCUUUGAGAAUCUGAGCAGUUUCUUCAAGUUGGAUAUGGCAGUGUCAGCGGACAGUAGGAAGGCGAGGUCGGCGAUGUUCCACUUGUUCCCAUCAUUUACUGCAAUGAAGACACAAGUUGGGACUGCUUCUUCAUCAUUUGCCAAGGUCAAGCACCUUGUCAAUGCGGAUAGCAAGAAGAUUGGUGACAUGCAAAAUGUUCGAGACACUCCGCUCAAGUAUCUUACUGACAAGCUCAGAAAUUUCAAUCUACCUUGUAGAGAAGUCUGCUCCCGAACCAGUUUACCUACCGAGAGGCAAAGAGAUAUUGAUAUUCAUCCCCAAAUUUCAAGUCGCCUUUAUCGGUCAAGGGACGAGGAUCGAACUGGGAGAACUAAUCUUCCGCCUAACCAUUGCGAUCCAACUGUCGAGCUCCGAGCAGUCAAACAUGAAGCUGAUUCGAUGUCGUUGACUCUUUUAGAAGCAAGAAUGGCAGUAGCUAAGAAUGCCAGAAAGUCAUUUGCUCGGGCAAAAGGUUUUUCGGAAUUGCGAAUAGCUGGUCCAAAGGUUGACAAGUCUAACUCUGCAUAG